AUGGAAGAGAUUACAGAGAGGUGUGCAGGUCUACAUCUGUCAUUGAAGGAAGAUGCUGAAGUUAUAAUCCAAGAACCAGUACCAGAGGAGGGCUUAGUCCUUCUAGGGAAGUUUUAUACAAAGAGGAGAGUUAACUUAGAGUCUGUUGCAAGGGUGCUGAAAUCGGUGUGGAAAACUGAGGCUACUUUCGAGGUCAGCGAUCUGGGUGAGAAUAAGGUCAUGUUUCUUUUUCAAAAGAAGGAUGAUAUGGAUAGAGUACUGUUCCUUAGCCCGUGGUUGUUUGAUAAAUACUUAUUAGUCCUCCAUAAACUGGCGUAUGGGGAGGCGGUGCAAGACAUCAAGUUUGACAGGACUCCGUUUUGGAUCCAAAUACAUAGGCUGCCUACAAUGUGUCAAACGAAGACAGUGGGAAUGAGUAUCGGAGCUACUCUAGGGGAAGUGGAGAAGGUGGAUGCAAAUGGGAGUGGAUUCUGCCUGGGAAGUUUUCUGCGAAUAAGGGUGCAACUGGAUAUUACUAAGCCGCUGUGUCGUGGUCGGAAGGUUAGGCUGGGCGAACAUGGGAUGAAAUGGGUAGAAUUCAAGUACGAGAGACUUCCGAUUUUCUGCUACUUGUGUGGGAUGAUUGAUCAUGAUGAAAGAGAUUGUCUGCAGGGCUUUCGAAGCAAGGAAACGCCAAGGCCAGAGGAGAAGCAAUUUGGUCCAUGGCUGCGUGCGAAUCCGGACAAACACCAAAAAACUGUCCUAAUCACUGCCGGAAAGUAUGGAGAAAGUAGAAACGGGGAAGUCGAACCUGAAACAAUGGCUCGAAGAUGGAAUGCAGAACCUACAAAGGAAGGCGUGACUACCAGAAUUGACGGUUUGGGUAAGGCGGAGCGUACGGUGGAGGUCCGGGCAGACGUGGUGAACGUGGACAACACUCCAAAUCAACUGAAGAUCAAAAUCCCGAAUAUCUUGCUACGUUCAAACUUUGAAACGGAAAUCCAGGCCAUUGAUGCCGCGAUUAUGGGAGACGUUUCAGCUGUAAAUGAUGAGCCAAUAAAGGAUUUAAUAAUGGGAAGGGAGGAGAUCGCGUUGACUUAG